ACCUGAUUUCUUUUGCAGGCGUGUUCGAGUGAGGUGAUGAUGUUGCGAACGGCUCGACGGUACGACAUCCACACGGACUCCAUCGUGUUCGCCAACAACCAGCCGUACACGAGAGAUCAGUACGCGUCCUCUGGCUUGUCUGGAGUGCCUGACACCCUGUUUCCAUUUUGCCGGUACCUGUGUCUAAUGAAGGUGGACAAUGCCGAAUACGCCCUGCUUACCGCUAUCGUCGUUUUUUCCGAACGGCCGAACCUGAUCGACGCCAAGAAGGUGGAGAAAAUCCAAGACAUUUACAUCAAUGCUCUCCGAUCGUACGAGGAAAGCAAGCGAUCGAAGCCUGCGCUGAGUUUCGCCAAGCUGCUCGCCGUCUUGCCGCAGCUCCGCACACUGGGCAACAUCAACUCCGAGAUCUGCUUCUCGCUCAAGAUCCAGAACAAGAAGAUUCCACCGUUCCUGGCCGAAAUCUGGGACGUGUGAGGUGUGUGUUCGGCCUCUUAUUCCACCCACCUUUUGAAAAGAACCACUGCCCGUUUGUAACGGAAGAAAACUACUUUCUUUCAAGAGGAUGCAUUGAUUCGCCAUUGAUUCGACGAC